ACAUCUAAACCCCAUUCAUCUUCUUCAUCAUAUAUACAUCACAACUUUACAUAACAAACUAAACCAAACAACAGAGUCAUCAAAUAGUAGGGAACAAACACUGUUCCAUUCCUAAUAUGAAGCAGAAAAUAGUGGUCAGAAUCCCCAACCUAAAUACAGAGAAGAUCCGCGCCACAGCUAUGAAAAUAGUGGCGAAACUAGAAGGCGUGGGAUCAAUGACGGUGCAAGGUGAAAGCAGGGAGGAGAUCAUGGUGAUCGGAGAAGUUGAUGCGGUUGAGAUGACAUGUCGGCUGAGGAAGAAGUUGGGUUCGGUUGAUGUGAUCAGUGUGGGUGAAGUAGUCAGUGAGGAGGCGAGUACGACGGAUGAUAAUAACAGCGGCAGUGCGCAGUCGGAGUGGUUUUCGCCGCCGUAUUACAGUUCCUAUUAUCCACAAUAUUUGCCGUGUUAUUCAUUGUAUUGAUCAAUCUCGAUCAGUUACACCAAUAUGCAUGGGCAUGGUGAGGGCGAUACCUAGCUUAGCUUGCAUGUAUGGACAGUUAUAAAGACCGAGGUUUAAUUUUUUCAAAGAAUUUUUUGUUUUCUAGUUUUCUUUAAUUAAUUUGCACUUCUUUUGUAUUGGCCUAGGAGAGUAUUCUUGAUUUCUAUUA